AAUACAGGCAUAAACAAAGAGAGGGAGUUAAACGGCAGUGACCCAGCCGAGGGUGAUCGGAGCUGAAUGAUCUUGUCCCGACAAACGCGUCCGGACCAGAGGCUGACUGUGGGGAUAAAGCCACUCUGACGCGAAUGAAGAAACUUCUCAUCUUCCAGUUCACAUACAGAGGACUUUUGACGAAAGGAAAAAAGGGGAAAAGAAGAAAAUGGAGUAUAAAUUACGAAAAGCGGAACCCAAGGACGUGCCAGACAUAUUACGACUCGUGAAGGAGCUUGCUAAAUACGAGGAGAUGGAGCACCAGGUGGCGCUGACUGAGAAAGAUCUCCUGGAGGAUGGAUUCGGUGAGACGCCGUUUUACCACUGCAUCAUCGCGGAAAUCCAAGGAGAGAGCAGCAGUGAAGAUCCUAAGGUGGUGGGUUUUGCCAUGUACUACUUCACCUAUGACCCCUGGGUUGGCAAGCAGCUCUACCUGGAGGAGUUCUUUGUGAUGAACGAGUACAGAGGACUGGGGAUGGGCUCAGAGAUCCUGCGACACCUCAGUGACCUGGCGAUGAAGACGCGCUGCACCGGCAUGAUGUUUGUGGUGGCGGAGAACAACGCCCCGUCCAUGCAGUUCUACAAGCGCCGCGGGGCGGAGGACCUGUCGCAGGAGGAGGGCUGGAGGCUCUUCAGGUUUGACAAGGACAGCCUCCUGAAGAUGGCCACUCCAGCUGAGGAAUGACAGGAGGUCCAGCGGGGCAGAGGAGGAGCAGGAGACCCGGGAGUUCCACCUCCACGCCCCUCUGCUCAGAUGAAGGCUGGCAGAAGCUCAGCUGCAAAGCAGGCAGAUGUUUCACUGUAAUGGUUCUGGUGUGACACCUCACUCUGAUUUCUGUUCUGAUCUGAACUUUUCCACCAAUAAAGGAAUUAUUGAUCACAA